ACCAAAGCUGGGGCGUGGUGGAAGCGGGUGCGGGGGCGAGCGCCUGUAAAAGAAUAAGAAUCUUUCAGUGCCCGGAGUCUUGUCUGGUUUGUUCCGGGUCCAGCCGACAAACACCAGGCAACUUACCGGCCUCAACCCACAAAACGACUUAGGCUUCCCCCACCAGCUUGAGGCCGGGUCCCACCUUCUGACCUCCCCUAGUCUUCAAACCACACCCCAGAGGUCUACACCUGGAUUGCUUUUUUUCUCUCUCUCUCCCUGUCUACGACGGUUCGGGUCCCGCCCUUCGGGCCUUGGGUCCAGACUCAUUAAGCCAGGCCCCGCCCCCGUGCUCACCUGCGGAGCCACCAGACCACGCCCAAGACUCCGAGUCCCAGCACCAGCCCAGCGCCCAGCAGCAGGAUCAGGAUCAGGGGAUACACGGACCCUGGGGAAACCGUGGAGGGAAAUGGUGGAUGCUGGAUCCGGGUGCGAGGACCGAGCAAUCCCAGGGAAAGCCUCCCUCCCUCCUGGGGUGGGGGGGUCCGAAGGUCUAGACUUACCCCGGGAAUGGCCGGGAGCCCUGCAUUCGGGGCCAUCCCCCAGCACGUGAAGCACCAAACGGCUCUCGUCCUCGUGGCGGCCUCUGCAGACAAAAGUGCCCGAGUCCCCUGCGCUCAGGAGCAGCUCUAGCCUCCGAAUACCAGGGUCCAGGGCUCGUAGGCGGCCAGCAAAGGGCUGGAGGGGAGACACCGUGGGGAUCCCGCUCGCCGAGGCCCACAGGAUCGGGCGGCGUCCUUUGGACAGGCCCUUGCAGGUGGGGAAGCUAGGCGCCCAGGCCCAACGGAUCGGAUGCGAGACCCCUAUGCAGGAGAGAUUCACCCGGUCCCCGGGACUGCCGUCCAGUGAGGCUAGGGGAGGCCGGGGGUGAUGUUAGGACAAGUCCACAUGACACACACCCACUCCCCGCCUCCUCUCCUCUCUGCUGUCCUCCUAUCCUGGGUCUUUCCAGAUCACAACCACCAGGCACCCUCUUCCCCUGCUGCAGUCUUUAAGCUCCGCGCCAACGAGCCGACUUUCCCAGGGAUCGCUUACCCGCGGGCUCGCCCUGGGCCCUCGACAGCAGCAGCGGCAGCAGCUGCAGAAACAGGGCCAUGGCUGGGAUGUGGUGGGGAGAAGAGGGGAGAGAAUCGGUGGAGGAGACCGGAGGGAAGCUGGGGGAUGGGGGUGGAGAGCGGGUCUGUGGGCUCGGAUAAGAGCGGGGGCGGGGCCACCAACUGCGGGGAUCCUUCUGGGAAUCCUAGCUGACAAGCUCGCAGCCUUCUGACAACGCUCACUCACGACUCGUGCUCUGGCCAUUUACAAGCAUCUUAGUAUUCUUUAACCAACUCCUACAGCGAAACUGUGGUCUUAGCAUCAGGAAUUCUGGAGGCCGGCAGUCUGAGUUCAGAUCCUGAUUUCGUCAUCUACUGGCUUCAUGAUGCCGGCAAGUUGCUUAACUCUUUUGGGCCUAGGUUGCUUUAAAGCACCUAUCUGGUAGAGUAUCAUGAGAACUAAAUAAAGUCAUACCUGUAAAAUGCUUACAACAAUGACUGACAUAUAGGUGCACUACUCUUGCCAUUAUUAUCACUAUUUCUUUUCUUAUUUUAGCUUCCCUCUCACCUCUGAGUGCCCACACUGUGCCUCCAGGCAGUGGUGCCCCACCCAAACUGACAGGUUUUGAUUGUGGAGGCACUUUGGAGCAGGUGCAUAUGCCCCACACCCAGGACUUCAGGGGCUCUCUCUGGUCUGGAGCAACUGAGUUCACAACAAGCCGGACAGUAACCAGGGCAAGAGAUCCUACAGGGGAGCUGAGGUCGCCCUUCCGUAGCAGGUCAUCCCAGCCCCUUCCUCCACUGCUGUGAUAUCAGACACUCGGUGACAUCCCGCAAACCCUAUUCCUUCAUUCUUUGCCUGAGCAGGACAGAGAAUCAAAAUUAAUGUGGUCCCUUUUAUCCUCAUUUUCUGCUCACAUACCAAUAACCCCAAAUAACCCUACCAAUAACCCCAAAUUUGUCACUCAUCUUUGGUCACACCCCAUUGUUCAUAGCCCAGGAACCAGUAGACCUUACCAUUACUGGGCAUUUGGGGAUGCUCCUUCAGAGGACUGGGGGGAGGGAGUAGGAAGAGGGCCACUGGAAUGCAGGGAGAGGGGUCUUAAUCUGCAACCAAGACCCAAAAUUGAGUUGACCACUAGUGCCCCUCCCCUCCCACAACCUCUCUCCCAUCCCCACAACUCCACCCACUCCUCAGUCCCUCCCCACUGCUCAGUCUUUUCCUAAGUCAACUCACCUGUGCUUAAGUGGAGGAGGGGCCACAGAGGCAGGGAGGGGAGGGACCGUUGAGAAUUAUAAAAUCCAAAAGACCGCUCACCUUCCAGAGGUGGCUUCUGAAAGUCUGUCUGCUGCCAGUCGCUCCCCUUGCCAAGAUCCUCACCAUGAAAGGCCUUUUGCUGCUCAUCCUGGCUUCUCUGUUCUGUGGAAUCUCAGCUCAAAUUCGCUGUCACUCCUGCUACAAGGUCCCUGUGCUGGGCUGUGUUGAUCGCCAGUCCUGCCUCCUGGAACGGGGGCAAAGAUGCCUGACAACAAACGUGUACCUUGGUAAGAUGUGGCUUUAUUCCAAUCUUCGAUGCGGCACAGAGAAAGAGCCCUGUCAGGAGGCCUACAACCAAACCAACCACAAGCUGGGCCUGACCUACAACACCACCUGCUGCGACAAGGACAGCUGUAAUAGCCCUGCUGCCCGACCCACCCCUGGCCUGGCCUUUGUCUUCCUUACCUCUUUGGCUGGCCUUGGUCUCUGGUUGCUGCACUAGAACUUGCUCCACAACCGACCUGCCUCCCACCAUAUCCCUGGCUUCCUCAAAGGGUCUCUCCCUAGCUCCCUUUGCUCUGAAAAGCAUUUCUCAAGAUCCUUCACAUUUCUUUAAUUAGAUACUAGUCUCCAUAUCCAUCUUCCCACCCCAUACCCUCCACUCUGCUUUUCCCAAGCCCCUCCCCAUCUCCCUCUAGACCACACCAAACCUUCCAUUGGCCCCUAGAAGGGUUCCCCACCUUGCCUCCUGCACUCUCCUGUGUCCUGCUUGGGAACGGAUUGGGAUGCGGUCCUGAAAUGGGGGUCCUGUCAUGCUCCCAAUGAGGGUUCCUAGGAAGAAUCCAAUGACCUCACUGUCUGGGGCUGAUUCCCCAAAUCCUGGUCCCCAGUGUACCCCAUCCCCAUGCUCACCUCUUUCCAUUUUGAGUAAUAAAUGUUUA